AUGUCGCUGGGGCAACCUGGCGCCGCGACGUGGCCGUUGGUCUUCCUCGACGUGGACGGUGUGCUGACGACCUCCGAGGAACUCCUCACGGCCGCUGCGAGCCACGUGCCGCUGCGAGCGUCCUGCGUGCGGAACCUGGCCACAGUCAUUGAGCGCACCGGCGCGAAGAUCGUGGUGAGUAGCACUUGGAGGAAUGAUGGGCAGCUCUAUGAGCACCUGCUGAACAGCCUGGAGAUGCUAGGUGGCCACCAGCUGCGCUCGGCCGUGCUGGGCGGCACGCCAUCGCUGCCUGGGCUGGGGCGGGGCUUUGAGAUUGCCCUGUGGUUGGAGGAGCAGAAGCGUGCGAUGAGCUCCCUGGUGAUCUUCGAGGACAGUGUGUCACAUCAUCGGAGCAUCGAAGCUGCCGGUCUCGCAGGCUUCUUGGUGAAGACCCAGUUGGGGGUCUGUUGCUUGCAGGAGGGCUUGACAGAGGACGCGGCCCAAAUGGCCUUGCAGCUGUUGGAGAGCAGCAACAGCUUGGAUGGUGGUGAGCGCCAAAUGCCCCAGGAUUUGAUGCUGGUUCAUUGA